UGAGGAGGUUAGGCUUUAGAUAAAAAAAGAAGGGACCUUUAGGAGUUUGAAUUUCUGGUAAAUUGGCUUUUUUUCCCCAUUUACACACCCAUUUCAAGUUGGUAGGAAGUUGGAUAGUAUGUAAAGUUUCAGUCAAAGAAACAAUCUUUGGCUUUGGUUGGUGGGUAUGUCUCACUUAUGGCUUCGGUUUCGAGCUCUUUUGUCCAGGAACAAGGUUGCUGCUUUAAUCCCCAAUAGAACCAUAGAGAGGUUGAAACGCUCUUAUUCAACAGGAAAUCAUUGUGAUAUCAUCACUGCUAAAUAUGGAUCAUUGUUUAAUGCUGGGUUUUUGAAUGGUAUUAGAAAUCCAUCUUUGGGUUCAUUCAUCUUCCACCGUUUUGCUGCUUGGACCAGUAGUAGAGAAUUUUGUACUGUAUCCAAUUAUGAAUUGCCUGAAUCUGAAUGUUGCGAUGAUCAUGAUGACGAUGAUAAAGUUAGUCAUGUUGGGAUUUCCUCUGUCAAUUCUGAAAAUGAUACUGAAACGGGGAAAGAUAGAGGCAUGUGCCAAGAAGCGGUGGACUUCACCAAAAUUAAUAAGAAUCUGCUUCCAACUGUCGUUCUUGUUGGGCGGCCAAAUGUGGGCAAGUCAGCAUUGUUUAACCGUUUGAUUCGGAGGAGGGAGGCUCUUGUCUACAACACACCAGAUGAUCAUGUUACUCGGGAUGUACGAGAAGGCAUAGCUAAACUAGGUGAUUUAAGAUUUAGAGUAUUGGACUCGGCUGGCUUAGAAACAGCAGCAUGUUCGGGUUCUAUUCUAGACAGAACUGCAGGAAUGACAGCUAAUGUGCUGAAUAGGUCUCAGAUUGCUAUAUUCCUAAUAGAUGCAAGAGAUGGACUGCACCCCGUUGAUAUGGAGGUUGGAAAGUGGUUGCGCCGACAUGCACCUAAUAUUAAACGUAUAGUUGCGAUGAACAAGUCUGAAUCACAUUUUGAUGGUAGUGACUCUCUUGUGUCAGCAGCUGCUGAGGCUUACAAAUUAGGAUUUGGGGACCCCAUCGCUAUAUCAGCUGAAACUGGACUGGGUAUGCAAGAUCUUUAUGGGGCACUUAGGCCUAUGCUUGAGGAUUAUGUGCACCAAGUCUUAAAAGAUGAAGCUAGUGAAGAUAAUAUUGUCAGUCAAGAUAGCAAUUCAUUUGAGGCUGAGGAAAGUAAGUUGCCAUUACAAUUGGCAAUUGUUGGACGACCUAAUGUUGGGAAGUCGACCUUGCUAAAUACGUUGUUACAAGAAGAUCGUGUUCUGGUAGGUCCAGAAGCUGGUUUGACAAGAGAUUCAGUUAGAGCUGAGUUUGAAUUUGAAGGGAGAACUAUAUAUCUGGUUGAUACUGCAGGUUGGUUGCAGAGGACAAAACAGGAGAAAGGACCAGCAUCCUUGAGUAUUGUGCAAUCAAGAAAGAGUCUUAUGAGAGCACAAGUAGUUGCUUUGGUCCUUGAUGCAGAAGAGAUUGCAAAAGCUCAAAGAACUAUGACACAUGCUGAAGUAGUUAUAGCAAGACGAGCAGUUGAGGAAGGACGUGGUUUGGUUGUGAUUGUUAACAAGAUGGAUCUUUUAAGAGGAAAACAAAAUUCUACAUUCUAUGACAGAGUUAUGGAAGCAGUUCCGGAAGAAAUUCAAACUGUUAUACCCCAGGUGACAGGAAUACCAGUUGUUUUUAUAUCAGCACUGGAGGGAAGGGGUCGGUUAGCUGUCAUGCACCAGGUGAUUGAUACAUAUGAGAAAUGGUGUUUAAGAUUGUCCACAGCUCGUCUCAAUCGCUGGCUGCGCAAGGUUAUGAGCAGGCAUUCUUGGAAAGAUCAAGCUGCACAACCAAAGGUCAAGUACUUCACACAGGUGAAGUCCCGGCCACCAACAUUUGUUGCCUUCGUGAGUGGGAAGACACAGCUCUCUGAUACAGAUAUCAGAUUUUUAACAAAGUCUUUGAAGGAAGACUUCGACUUGGGUGGAAUUCCAAUCAGAAUCAUGCAGAGAAGUGCUGUAAGAAACAAUGCGGGCGGUGGCACUAACAAGAGCAUCCAAUAUUCUGGCAAAAUAGCUGAAAGGAACUCCUCUGACAAGAGAAUAGUUUCAUCAUCUAUUUAGAACAAUAAUUUUUACAUGAAAGAGGGUGAAAUUCCCAUCAUCUUAGAAAUUUUGGUAGGUGUGAUAUUAGCCCCUUGGAUGCUGAGAUUGAAAAUAAUGUCACAGUUUUCUUAUAUUUUUUUUAAUUUUUAUUUUGAUCUUGGUUACUGCCAAGUGUUGUAAUUCUGUAUAGUCUUACUAGAAAGAAAAUUGUAAUUUAUAACAUGUAAUGGUAAAUUUUAUUUUGAUUGCUUUGUUUAAUGAUAAAUGUUUGUGUUUUAACA